AUGGCUGCACCGAGCAGACCAUAUGAUACCCCACCGGUGCUGGUACGCCGUAAUGAUCCAAGGAUGGCAGCUACGCCCAUCGUAGUCGAGGGCAAGAAUGAGGAGAAUAUGGACACGAACUCGGGGAAAGGCUGGACGAGAUUUGAACAAGCGGAUGCGAGCAAGAACGAACUUCCUGAAGGCCCACCACCGAUGCCAUCGUCACAGUCCCUGGACUCUCUCAUGGGUACACAGGGUGUACUCCCAUCGCAGUCCGGACAGCUCUCAACACUGGCCGUACCAACGCCUACCGAUGGCCAGGGAUCAACACUUCAAGCUUUUACCGCACCUUCGUCAUCGAUGAAUGCCACCUCGACCUUCUCUCUUAACUUUGUAGCAUCUACCAUCCGGCCAACCCUUACUGUGCAAGCAGAUGCUAUCGCGAUGAACGAGGCCAUGACCAUUCAACCUGCUUCAACUGCAGUCCCAGGACUUCUAGCGGACUCUUUCGUACAGGAUGAAAUCGCAGCGCUUCCCGGUGUCAAUCAAGACGACCCGUCAUUGGAGACAGUACCUGGAAUGAACCAAGGUAAGCUCUUGAUGAAGAACGCGCCUUGGAGAUGUGCAUAG